AUUCAUGAAUCGCUGGCUAAAUGAACCUCUCAAAUUCUGAUCUGAACGAACGCUUGUACUUUAUCAACUUUAACCAAGACAGCACAUAAAAUGGAAGUUGAACUGGAUCAAGAUUUGCUGUGUACUUCUCUGCAAUUUCAUGGGCCGAAAUUACAAGAAGCACUAAGAAGUGAAUUAGGCGAUGUUGGAGAAUUUACAGGACUUCCUACCCUAAGUUUCCCUGCCUAUGCAAAUGGACACAGUAUCUCUAAUGAUUUGGAUAACGAAAAACAGUUGAAACUCCAUAAGUUUAUUGCAAAUAAUUCAAAGGCAUUUUUUAAUGUUGAUUUGUUGGCUAACAAUAAUAAGCAAAAACAAUGCGAAGACUUUGAAAUAAAUUCAUUUACUGUUAUGCCACCAUAUGAAGUUUUUGGGUAUACUAACAAAGAGAUUAAGUUAAAACAUUUCUUAAACGAACUCUCUGAAGGUGAAAUCAUAAUUACUUCAAUAUCUUCAAAAAAUAUCUCUGGAUUAAUUUUAAAGGUAUUAUGUACAUAUACUGAACCUAUAAGAUGUGUUUCUGAUAUUAAUGUUCGUGGCUUUUGUCAAGCAUCUAUUCCUGGUCUUAGUAUUGGAGACAAUUUGUGUUGUGAAGUAUUAGAGGUAGUACCUGAAGCUUUUAAAUUAGUAUGUGGAAUUAAAGGAGUUAAAUGCCACAAGAAAUAUAAAGAUUUACUUGGCUUAUUUAACAUGGAAAAUUGCCCUCAAACAUUCAAAUUGUUUCAUGCUGGUAAAAAUGACGAUUCAUACGACUCAAUGUUACUAAAUUCCACAGGAUUUAAAAACCCAUCAAAUAUUUGCAACUUAGAGUUAAUAACUGGUUUGUCUGAUGAUAGACAUUCAAUUAUGCCUUCUUUGUCAGGGAGUUUCCCAGAAAAAGAUACUGCAUUAGAACUUCGUAAAGUUCAAUCUGCUGAAUGGGCUAUUCAAAGUGUUUCCGAUGGAAUUAAAUAUUUUAAAGCUGGACAACACUCUGAAGCAUUUUUAUGCUUAAAUAAGGCAUUGACUAUAGAUUCUUUAAAUGUUGAAGCUUAUGUGGCCAGAGGUGCUUUAUAUGCCAAUCUAAGUCGUUUUCAAAAAGCAAUUGAAGAUCUAAAAUCUGCCUUAAAAAUUAAUCCGAAACAUGUAAAUGGCCGUAAGUAUCUUGGUGAAACUCUGAUGGGAUAUGCUAGAACCUUAGAGUCUCAAAAUAAAUUAGAAGAAGCAUUACAAUAUUAUGAAGAAUGCUUACAUGUAAUACCUGAUCAUGAUGAAGCAAAAGCAUCUAUUGAUUAUCUCAAGUCAUCUCUUUUAGUUGGCAGAACAAUGACCAUGAAUACACUCGAUAGUUUUUCAAAAAAGAAAAUUGAUACUGAUUUAGAGAAAUCAGCAAGUAGUAGCAGCAGUUCUAAUCAUAGCAACAGCAGUUCAAGUGAAAGUUCAAGUUCAGGAAGUUCUUCAGACGAAGUAAGUACUAUUGAUUUUGAUAGUGAUUCUGAUAAUACGACUUCUUCUGAUAGUUCAAGUGAUGAAUCAUCUGGCAAUGAUUCACAAAAAUUAGAAAAAGAAAGAUCGUUAUCGCCAUUUAGUAAGCGCUUAGCAAUGAUGGAUGGAAGUAAUACAAAUGGAGGUGGAUUACCCUGUAAUCCCUCUUUUAUUGCUACAGAAAAUUCACAAUCUCAGCAAAUGAAUAUAGAAAAAGAAAGUGAUAUUGAAGAAAGAAUCCAAAAGUUAAUACUUUUAAGUCAAUCUAAUAAAAUUAAGAAAAAUAAACAAAUUGGAAUUAAUAUUCAAAAAUUAUUACAAAAUGCUUAUGCUCUAAAAAAUGAAGAAAAAAAGACAGAUAAAAAAAUCAAAAAAUCUAAAGAUAAAAAGAAGUCUCAUAAACACAAGAAAAAAGAUUAUAAAGGUAAGCAAAAAAGUGCCAAGGAUCACCAGGAACAUCAUAAAAAAAAUAAAUCAAAAAAACACAAAUUCACUGAACAAUCGUUUGAUAACGAACAGCAAGCUAUCCAAAAAUCCAGUCUCCCUGAUCCAGAGAGUGUUAAAUCAAAUUUAUCAGGUUUGAAAGAAAAUAUAUUCUUUAAAAAGUAUGUAAAACAAGAUAAACCCUCCAAUGAUCAAAAUAUUAUUGAUAAGGAUAAUGAACAAUCAGAUGUGUUUAAAGCAAAUGAAAUCGUAGAAAUGCCAAAUACUUAUAAGUAUGAAGAAGAUCCAUCAUUGAUUCCAACACCUAAGUUUAAAAUGCAAUUACCUACUACAACUACGACUUAUGUUAAGGUCAAGAAAAAAGAGACAACUGAUAGUGUACCAUACAAUUGGGACAACAACCGUUUGUUACCUGCUAAUCAUGAAUUAAUGAGAACACAGUCAUCCAAUAAUAACGAUACUAAUAAUACAGAUCACGGAUUUCCUACUUUGUAUGAUACAAACAACAAAGGAUAUUUUAAUCUACCUCCGGCAACUCAUCCAGUUUCUGAAAAUAAUAUUAAUAAUAUGGAGUUUCAACAAAAGCAAUCUUAUUUAAGUCCUAAUAACAAGCAAAGAUCGCGUAGCCCAUCGGUAUCUAAGAGGCGUAUAAAUUAUUCAAGAAGUAGAAGUUCUGGAGGUCGUUCAAGUCAGUCUCCAUAUAAAAAGAAGCCCAAAGAGACAUCAAAGUCAAAAACUAGGAGUCGUUCAGGGUCAUAUCCUCGGCAUAGACGUUAUUCUUCUUCUCGUUCAAAUCGUUCUCGUUCAUCUUCUCGUUCAUACUCUCGUUCGCGUUCACGUUCUCGUUCCAUACAUCAUCGAAAUCGCAUGGCAUAUUAUAACAACCGUAACCGUGGUACUUAUUAUAAACCACGUUUUCAAAACCAAAACCAUCAUAACCGUGGUUUUCAGAAUCGUGGUUUCCAACAUCGUGGAGGAUAUGCUCAUAGACAAAAUUAUAAUAACUAUAAUAAUAACUGGAAUAAUAGAGGUCAAAGAGGUGGUGGAAGGCAACGAUUCUUUCAUUAUAGACCUAGACAAUACGAUAGAAAUCGGCACUAUGAAAGGCGCAGUUAUUCUGUUUCACCAAAUCGUCGUAGUCGUAGCCGUAGUAAGAGUCGUAGUGGAUCCAAAAAUUCUACUAAAGAAUAUAGAAAACGUUAUUCCGGUAGUGGUGAAGAUCAUCAGCAUAAUUCUAAUAACAAGCCUAAAACUCCACCAGAACCAAUUACUGAAACCAAUAAAUGGCAACUUGAUAGCAAUGAUAAUGGUAAUAGAAAUUCACAAGAUCAUGAUGAAGGAUCAAUUGAAUAAAAUUACAAAGCUGACAAUUUAAUGAUAUUUGAUGGUUUACUUAUUUUACACAAACAUUCACUUAGA